CUCGAAGUGACGUCAUAGCAACGCGCGGCCACACGUUGAUUUUCGCAACGGGAAAGGUGCGUUCAGUGUGGACUGGAGAUAUCAGACUCAUUUUAUUCCGAUCAGAGAAUAGCAGAAAAUGGCAGACGCUCCGGAAAUGUCUUCUCUGGAGAAGAAGGUGUCAGACCAGGUUGAGUACUAUUUUGGUGACCACAAUCUACCCCGAGACAAGUUUCUAAAGGAGCAGCUGCAGGUAGAUGAUGGAUGGGUCACACUGGAGACCAUGCUUAAAUUUAAUAGACUAAAAAAUAUCACGUCAGACGUUUCCAUCAUUGUUGAGGCUCUACUGAAGUCUCAAACUGGUCUCCUUGAGGUCAGUGAGGACAAAACCAAAAUAAGGCGAAAUCCUAACAAACCUCUUCCAGAAGACAACGAGGAAUACAGAGACAUUCUCAAACACAAAUCCAUAUACAUGAAAGGUUUUCCUCUCGACACUACGCUGGAUGAGGUAAAAGAGUGGCUGUCUGAUAAAGGAACAAUUGAGAACAUCUACAUGAGAAAAGGACCCCUGAAGACUUUCAAAGGCUCAAUCUUUGCAGUUCUAGAAUCUGAUGAAGCCGCCAAGGCAUUUGUUGUGCGUGAUGAUGUGAAAGAGUACAAAGGAAAUGAGAUGAUUGUUAUGACGAAAGAGGAAUACUUCUCUAAAAAGAUAGCUGAAAGAAAACACAACCGUGCAGAAGCAAAGGCCAAAGCGAAAUGUGAUAAGGAGGACAAGCAAAAGCAAGCUGAGGAGGAAGAGCUGAAAUCCCUGAAUGACCAGAGAGGCUGUCUGCUGAAGUUUUCUGGAGAAUUGGGUCAAACAUCAAGGGAAGAUUUCCACAAGGUCUUCGCCGAUCAUGCCCGCAUUAAAUGGAUUGAUUUUAUCCGAGGAGCUAAAGAGGGCACCAUCCUAUUCCACUCAAAAGCCCAGGAGGCAUUGCAGAAAGCCCUUGAGGCUCAGGGAGGCGAGGAUCUCAAGGUUAAAGACCAAGUUGUUCAUUGGGAAGUGCUUGAGGGAGAAACAGAAAUGGAGACAUUAAAGAAGAUUAUCGAAGAUCAGCAGGAAUCCCUGAACAAACGCAAAGGAGGCAGAGGAGGUCAAAGAGGUCGUGGGAGUGGGAGAGGGAGAGGGAGAGGAGGCCGCAGAGACAGGGGAGGAAGAGAGCAAGCCAAGUUCCAGGGAAAGAAGACCAAGUUUGAGAGUGAUGAGGAGGCAGAUGAAGAAGAAGCCAGUCCAAAGAAGAGGCCGCUCGAGUCUAACGGUCAAGACAAUGGCGAGCCGGUCUCCAAACAAUCAAAAAGUGAGACCAGUGCUUAAGGGCGAAGACUCAAUGGCCUUACUUUUUUACUGUAGAUUUGCCCUUACAUCAAGUCAUGAAGAUUCUCAGACUAUCUCCUGCAUCAACGCGUAACCACUGCGCAAGUGCCACAUGCGUAAAUUUCUGGAAAAAAAAGCUCUGUUUAAGCUUCAUAAAGUACACACAUGGAGAUUUUUAUUUUCUUGUGUAUAAGGUUUUAUUUAUUUGCUCUACACGCGUAUAACGUAUAUGGUUGUCAAACCUUUAAGAUCUCUGAUGCCUUUACACUUACACGGUUUUCAAGGUCUGGAUUUCAAGUCUAUUUUGUUUAGUCUGGAAGUGAGCAGAUUGUUGGUUCUGACUGAGAUUUUUGUUGGUCACAUUUGCUCAAUGCAAUCCUGUGUCAUUGUUUAAGGCCACGAGGUCUGCAUGAGAUCAUUAGGGGUUUGGCAAUGUCUAUUGUCAUUCUUUUAAAUAGUCCUGAAAGAUGCAGCUUUUUCCAUUAAUGAAUACUUGUUUUUCUGAUUUGCUUUGUAGUUGAGCUACUAAACAAUUCCAUAAACAUGAGAUAGUAAGUUUUGGUAACCAUGUUUCUCUAUAUGUUGCUUUAAAAUCUGUGUCGACUGGUUAGAUGCAUGUAGAUCUGUGCUUUCUUUGACUUUUUUGUUUUAAGUGAAAUAUGACUUUUUGUUGAAUUUCAAAGCAGCAGUUAAGCAACACAAAAAUGUAUCUUAAUCCAUGUGUUGUUUUAGGGGCUGUGCUUCAUAAAUAACCCUUUCAGGGUUUCAACAAGCACUCAAUUUUUUUUACUGUCUCAUGUGUGUGUGUGUGUGGAGAUGAAAGAAUAUUACAUUUGGAAUUUCAAUAAAGGUUGUGAAAUUAAAAAG